AUGAUUGCUGAAUACACGGACGAUAUGUUUCUGGACGGAGAUAGCAGCGAAGAGCGCAUCAAGUGUCUGAAGGCCACUAUUUCUGGUGACAUUGAUUCCCUCACCAACGCCCACAAUAUAUUUCGAGCGUACUCAUAUAUGAGCGAACGAUUCACUCAAAGCAACCAAACGCCUAGAUAUGCAUGGCCCGCAUUCAUGAUUGCCCAACAGAACGUCCUAGGCAAAGACUACCGGCAGCUUACGGCAACUUUGGAGCAUUCUAGCAUUGAUGAAGCGAAGGCGUUUGAAGCUCUCACACAGAUUGCGAUCCUUAUACGGUUGAUGACUGGAUUGGAACAUGAACUUGUGCCUUUGAACCGCGAAGCCAUGGAACAAGCACGCAUCGAGCCAUUUGAGGCGACAGAGCUGUUUUAUGUCGGGCGGGAGGCAACCACAAUACCGGUAGGAGAAAUCGUCACUUCGAUCAGCCGACAGUUCAAUCGUCGGACACAGGUCAAGCAGGUGGUUGCGGUACCACUUUUUGCUUCAUUUCCUGUUUAUGACUUCUUUGUCUUGCACAGAAUAUCUGGUGAAUGGAGGGUAGUGGCUGGCUACCAAUGCAAACAAGGCAGCAAAUACCCAAGUGAGGUCGCCGACACAGCGGUAGAUCUAUCUGUCUGGUUGGAAGGGAAGUGCCGGAAGUAUCGAAUUGGCGACGGUGGAGCUCAUGUUGACAUGAAGAAUGAACGAGGCUGGGUGUUGCUAGGAGAAAGCAACCAAACGGAAUUGCUUGGUGUGUCGAUUUCCGAGGCGCUCCCUCGAGAUCCAUCACAACAAGUUACUGCAGUGUGUGCCGCCGAAAGGCAGAGAUAUGAGUUGGAAGCUUCGGAGGGGCCAUUAUCCAAGCAGGCACGAUGUAAUUGAAGCCUU